GUUAGAUAUCACGUGACGCGGAAAAACAAACGCGCGGUAGUCAACAAAACGCUACAAGCCAGCAGGCGAACGAACAUUUUUCCGAUACAAUGGCCAAUGAGUUCUAAUAAUAAAAAUACUAUAGUCUAUGGUGUAUUUUAUUCUUUCAUACGCCUUACUCUGGAUUUACAGCCGUGUGGACUACAUUUAUGGCAACAAUGGAGAAGCAAUACCGAUUACCAAAGCGAAAAUUACACAGUGUCACAUUCAGUAUUGAUACCAAAGUCAGUCCAGUUCCAAACAGUUAUAUUCCAAAAAGAACUGAUUACAGUUGGGACAAAUGUGGAAGAAUUGACGAGCUGAGAAUAAGAAACCUGGCAAGAAAAUUCCUAAAAAUAUGGCGGCAGAACACCUUUGGUCGAAUCCUUCCUCAUAAAGCCAAAUGUCAUUAUGACAGCGUGCUGCUGGGAAAAACAUUUGAGGCAUGGAAAGAGGAGUGGUGGACAUUUGGGAGGGGGUGGAGUCUUUCAGUACGUGCCAAGUGUCAUUACAGGUAUUACCUGCUCUACAUGACAUUUCGAAGAUGGCAAACAUUUAUGUCACUCCAAGUCGACAAGAAAGACAAAAUCCAAAAAGCUCAAGCAUUCGUUGACAGGCGGCGGACGCGGCAGAUGUGGGACAAGUGGAAGUUUUACUGCCAAACGCGUCAACAGAAAAUCAAAGCACUUCAAUUAGCUCAAGAGCAACACCGGCGCACAAGUUUGCAGUCAGCUUGGCAUUUGUGGCAGGCGAGGUUUCGACAGCAACAAAACAUUCCACCUAUGGAGGACCAAGACUCGACGCAAGGGGCAAUAGAAAAAGAAUCCAAAGCUUCCCUUCAUUUCAGCAAUAGAGUGAAAAAGAAAUCUUUGUUAGAGUGGCAAAGUUACGUCUCCUGUCGUGAGCGCAAGAAAUCCUUAAAAGCCGACGCCCAGCGCUUUGCCCGUCUUCACCUGAUGAAGAUGAGCUGGAGAGUGUGGAGGAGCGAGUGGCAUCGCAAACAGAGGAAAGAAGAGCAUUUGCAAGCCAGCGGGCAGCUGGCGAGUCGGGCAUCACGGCGCAGAGCCUUGCUACACUGGAGGACGUAUGUAACGCGGCACAGGCAAAAAGCAAACAGAGGCCAGAAAGCAAGUCAGCACUACCACCGUCACCUGCAGUGCGUCGUACUUCAGGGGCUUUCUCAAAAUGUCUCCCAGAAUAAAGCUAAACGGCUGAACAAAAAUACGGCAGUCCAACAUCAUAACCAGACUGUCAUAAAGAAGCACUGGAGACUGUGGAAAGACCGACUGGAGGAGGCUGAAGACAAAUCCCUCCAAGCCCUGAUAGACAUGGCGGACACAAACUACAGGAUGUACUUGAUGAGUCACUCUUUUGACCACUGGAGGCGGAAACUUGUACAGCAAAGCCGCAUGCAGGAGUUGGAGUGGCGAGCCGAUGUUUGGUUUGCAGAGCGCUGGUUGGCUCAUUAUUUCGGCUCCUGGUGUGAAUAUGCUCUGCUGAGAAGUGUGGAGUAUGACAAGCAACACAAGGCAGAUGUUCAUAAUAAGCAGCGCCUGUGCACUUGGGUGUUGUGCACCUGGCGGGCAAGGACAGAAGAACACAAGGAUGAGAUGCUGAUGCUGCGAAUAGCCAUUCUUCACGAAGAGCAAAGCUGCGUGCAGCGAGCCUGGGCCCGAUGGAAAGAACGGACAGAGCAGCAGAAGAAAGGAGAAGAUAAGGAAAAGCAGCAGACGUCAGAAGAUUCCGAGCUUCCUCCCGCUUUAUUGGCACAGCGGGAAGAUACCAGUGCUGGCUUACAGGCCAGGCUCAAAAUGUCUGAUCUGACUGAACGAGCGCUCUGGCAUUGGGCCCUUACUCUUCAAGCCAAGGUGCUCUUCGGGUGGAGGUUGUGGGUCAGAGAACAGCGCAGGAAGAAAGCGGAGGCAGUGGAAACCAAGUGUGCGAUGUCUGACUGCCAUCAGAACAAAAAAUCUUACAACAGGGCUCAAAGUUCUUUAAAUCAAGCCGAGCUGUUACACAGGGAGCAAAUCGACACAGAAAAAGCCCGGAAGCAUUACGACUCCAAACUGCUGACUAAAGUGCUGAGAGCGUGGAAAAAGCAUCAGCAUACACGCCUCAAAUAUAAGGUCAUGAAAAAACAAGGAAUCUUGUUGCGGAAACUGAAGAUGUACGAGACCUACUUUGUACUCUGGAGGAGGAAGUUUGAGUUCAAAGUCAAGUUGUCCGAGCAGACGGAACAGGCACUCUGGCAUUGGGCACUCACUCUUCAAGCCAAGAUGUUCCAUGCAUGGAGGCUGUGGUUCCAAACACAGCGCAAAAAGAAGACGGAAGUCGCUCAGGUGGACGACGAUGAGUCAACAAGUGCGGCUGUGACGUACGUAGAUGACAUCAGGAGCCUGACAGAGCCUGAAAUGCAGCGAGAUGAAGAACCGCUAAGUCUCCAUCUACAAAGGGUGGUGAAGUGCUGUGCUAUGAAGUGGAAGCAGCGGGCUUUGUUCGUAUCGUUCAAAAAGCCUGUGACCUUCCAUUAUCCUGAUUCGAAACUCGAUUGUCCAUCCGACUCAAGGGAGAAUGACGUAGAUGAUAGUGAGCUAAUCCGUCCAUUAGUGCGCCGCCAGCCUCGUCGCUGCGAGGAAUUGUUUGCGCCUUCAUCAAAUCUUGCAUCGUUAUCUUCAUCGCGUCCAAGUGGAGACGUGUGUCACGUGUCCUACCAGAAACCCCCAGCUUCCAUCCUGGACACGUCUGAGACACCCUGUGAGCUGCUGUUGCCUCCCGCUGCUUUCAUGAACACAGAAAACAAGUUGUUGUUUGUGUCCAAGAUGAGACAAGCCAACAUCCUCAGCCCAACAGCGGUAGCCAGUUUGGAAAAUAUUUCACCAACAUCAUCAGACAUACAGUCGAGAGAACCGUGCGGAGAGUCGGCAAAUGAUCCAACUUCAACGCUGAUGAGGGAGCUAAUGAGCAUCCAGCAGGACAUGAGAAGCUUCCAGCAGGACAGGAAGCAGCUUCGGCUCUGGCAGAAAGUGAAAGACGUGUUGCAGAGUUGGCUGCAGAGCAGUGGAAAAGAUGAGGAAAUGGAAAAGAUGGCAGUUUGUCAACAGGUAAAGGAGCUGGAGGAGCGCAUUGAGAAAUUGUCCUGUGAGCUGGGAACACGAAGGCUGACAAUGCGUUUUCAUGCAGAAAGACUCCAACAUUUACAAGCUGUCCUCGACUGCUCAGGAUUUGCUUCGCUUUAUCGACAAGUACAGAUGUAAAUGUACUAUUAGGUUAAUUUAUAUUUUUGUGUGUGGGGGUGGGGGGAGUCACCGUGAUGGAGUCUCAGGCAUUGUAUCUAAAAUAUCAUGUUUUUUUCUAACAGUGAAUAAAAGCACUUUUGCAUCCGUCUU